CUUGGCCGGUGAUGGGGGAUUCUGGGAGUUGAAGUCCAAAAGGCCUGGAGGACCCAGACAGCUUUCCCUUCCCUCCCCUCUUUAACACUCUGUUUGCUGAGUCUUCUUGAUCCUGAGCGCUGAAAGAGGGGCGGGGCUAAAAUCCCCAACGGACAUCUUCGCCCAUGCGCUCGCGAGGGCCGGUUUCUCUUACCCGAUUGGUGCAGCGGAGAGGAGGGGCGUGGUUUACGGUGCGCGCGCAAGGCAGGUCCUGCGGGCUGGCUGGGUCGGCGCCUGGAAAGAAACUACAAUCAAUUGUAACCGACUUAUACCUUACUGUAAAACAGAACAAUGGAGAAUAAAAGGAAACGAGCCAGAGUGCAGGGCGGCUGGGCUGGCUCAAUUCAUAACAAAGGAGCUUCUUGUGCAGCUUCUGGAGUUUCCAAUGCUAGGAAUGAAGAAUUGGAAAGCGCUACUCAUUACCGGGUGAGAAGAGACAAAAAGCUUCCAUCUGAACAGCAAUUUGUAUUUAAAGCACCAGAAGAGGUGGUGCGCAAAGCCCCGGAGCCCAAAAUAUUAGAGAAACAGGGCCUGUAUGAGAUCAGCACAAUGCCAUCAGGAGUGUCACGAAUUCAUCUAAUUCCUGGCUUCAUGGACUUAAUGGAAGCAGAUUGGAUGUUUGAACAACUUCUCCAAGAAAUUCCCUGGGGGCAGAGAACACACGUCAGACAAGAUCAAUCUUAUGAUGAACCCAGACUCACAGCAUGGUAUGGUGAACUUCCAUAUACCUAUUCCAAGCUUACCAUGCAGGCAAAUCAUCAUUGGCAUCCACUACUGACCAUGCUAAAGGAUCGCAUUGAAGAUUUUACUAAAAACACUUUCAACUCUCUGCUCUGCAACUUGUAUCGGAAUGAAAAGGACAGUGUUGAUUGGCAUAGUGAUGAUGAGCCUGCCUUGGGACGAAACCCUGUCAUUGCAUCGCUCAGCUUCGGGGCCACCCGCACAUUUGAAAUGAGGAAGAAGCCUUUACCUGAGGAGAACAAUGAUUAUUCAUAUGUGCAGAGAGUACAUAUACCCCUGGAUCAUGGGACUUUGCUAGUCAUGGAAGGAGCUACUCAAGAAGACUGGCAGCAUCGUGUGCCUAAGGAGUAUCACUCCAGGGAACCACGUAUAAACCUGACAUUUAGAACAAUGUACCCAGACCCUGAAGUUUUGCACCCAUGACUAAAAGACAUCUUUGGUCCUCUACUCCUGCUACUGAGUCCAGAGACUAAUGUUGAUUUUGGUGGAAGAGUGCAAAUGGGCUUGGUGGUUUGUUACCAACAACUAAGAGAGGGAAAAAGACAUGGCUAUAAUGAGAGUUUGUUGCUGUUGCAAGUUUCUUGUGGUGAAUGGUACCUUUUUCUAGGGCUGUUUGCUAAUGCUUGCUGGUUAAACAACAUGUUCAUUAAUUUGGGUGGGACUGUUUUAAUCUGAGGAUUUGCUAAUCUGCGAAUGCCACUUUUCAUUAGGUUUGCCGGGGGAGGGGGGGGGCAGUUGAGAGCAUUUUCUUAACAGGAGAAAGUGACUGCCUUCUUUUCAUUUCCUUUUUAUACUGUACUACAUAUAUUGCAUUUACCUUUUUUUAUAUAAUUUUCUUGGUUAACAGUGGGACAUAAUCAGUGUACAACUUGUGGUGCUGCUAGUAUUGCUCAUAGCAUUUGUUUUGGCUUGGGAUUUUGAAAAUUAAAGUGCCAAUUAGAAGGA